GUCCUGUCCUGUUCGGUGUAGCCUAGGUGGGGGAGCUGCAUUUUCCUGGUGCCUUAAUGCGACUGUAAAAUAAUAGGCGAAGUUCGAUCUAAAAUGUCUCAAUCGACAACAAUGAGUUCGGAGGAGAAAAUACUUUCUUACUUAAAGGGUUGUCCAGCAGGUGCUACCUACAGUGCUUUACAGAUAGCCAAAGAAGUGGGACUGGAUAAAAAAGAUGUAAACAGACUUUUGUAUAUUCUCAAGAGUGCGGACAAACUACAUGCGUCUGAUGAUCGCCCCCCUAAGUGGUCCUUACUCACGACAAAAAAGGUAGCUACACCUGAAGUGUCAAAAAAACAACUGCCAAAAGAGGAACAGGACUCCAUAAUUCCAUUUUUGAACACCAACGCAGAUGGAAAAGGAAUGACGGUAGGAGAAUUAUCUAAAAAAUGCAACCAGGACCGCAAGUCUGUUAAAAGACAACUUUAUGCCCUGCAUGAAAAGGGAAAAGUGGAAAAGUUAUCUGGAAAACUCUGGGCACUCACUGUAAGUGGCAACGAAGACUCAGGAGACAGUGAUUUUGCAGAGGAUCCCAAUGAUAAACCAGAGCCAGGUUUGAGUAUCUCAAGGGAUUUUGAACUUGUCAAAAAACUUGGUGAGGGAGGUUUUGGAUAUGUUUGUCAAGUGAAACACAAAAUGGAUGGCAGAUUCUAUGCAAUGAAGAUUGUUGAAUAUGACAGGGAUGCAGAGCGUGAGGUGAGGGCACUGGCUAAGUGUGACCACCCGAACAUUGUUCGUUACUUUACAUCAUGGCCUGGGGAGUACGACCGCAAAGAUUUUGGCCUCCACAGCACAUCUGAACAAUCAUCAUCUGAUUCUCAAACCAACUAUGAAGAUGAAAACAGUGAAUUUGCUAGUGAUGGUCACUCAUCACUUAAGUCAAAGAGCAGAGCCACAAACUCCAGAAGAGACAACAAGUAUCCUUGGCUGUUCAUUCAGAUGGAGUUCUGUGAGAAAGGAACUCUUCACGGCUGGAUAGAGGACAGGAACUGUGGGAAGUCGCAGAGGACCAGAGUGAAUGCUCUUCAGGUGUUUCAGCAAGUUGUCUCCGGAGUGGAGUAUAUCCACUCAGGAGGACUCAUUCACAGAGACCUGAAGCCUGAAAAUAUAUUGUUUGUGAAGGACUACACUGUAAAGAUUGGAGACUUUGGGCUGGUGACAUCAGUAACAAACCAGAAUAGUGGCAUUAUGAAAAGGACAGUGGGCAGAGGGACACCCUCCUACAUGAGUCCUGAACAGAAUCAGGGGAGGUAUGAUGAAAAAACAGACAUAUUUCCUCUGGGACUGAUCUGUUUUGAGCUUCUGUGGAAAAUAUCAACAGGCUCUGAGAGGGUAAUGAUAUGGCCUGACUUAAGGAAUCAAGUAUUUCCGGAUACGUUUUGUGAAGCUUAUUUAUCUGAGCAUAAAUUAAUCAGCAAGAUGCUCUCCAAAACACCAGAAGUGAGACCAGCUGCUGCAGAGAUUGGCAAAUUUAUCAAAGAUUUUCUCCUGAGUGAGAGCCUGAGUCAGAAAACGGUGUGACUUUUCCUGAACUGAAGCUCCUGUAAUGCCUCCUGGAGCACUUAGCUGAUCUGAGAUGAUAACAAAAGUAGAUGGGUAUUUUACUGAGCUGUAUAAUCUACUGCUAAAACUGCAAUACUGUCAAGCUCUAUUAGCCAAUCAGAAAGCCUUUGAGGAGACAGGCACUUCUGUCUACCAAUGAGAGAGGUUGGACAAGUUCGCAAGAGCUCACAGCAGGUACUGUAUCUUUCAGGCAGACCUGCUAUAUCAAUGUCAGUACAGUGUGGAAAUAUUAUCUGGUAGGGGAGAUUUAUGGGAUGCAUAGAUUUAUUUUUUUAAUUUCCCCAGAAAAACUCAAUGUGCUUCACUUACUGUACUGUACUGUACUGUGUCCACUUUUUAAGCGCUGUUCGAAUGCACAUGGUAAUAUCAGUAUCUGGCUGUGGGCCUAAAUCUAAAUCUAAACACAGAUCAUAGGAAUGUCCAGAAAAUAUUUUCAUAUGAACUGGAUCAUGAAAAAUGUAUUUAAAUCAUGUACAACUAAAUUAACCAUGCUGCUGCUAACAACAAAAGCUCCUAUAUUAUUCUGUUUGUGUCCAGGGUUUUUUUUGGAAGUCAUGAAAUAUAUCAUGUUUAAAUUCUUAAUAAAAUUCUUAAUCUGCAA